CAGGUGGUUGCUCAAAUGAAGCCUCUGAAAGUUGAGAAUAAGCAGUUCAGAGAAAUCUUGGACGAAAAGAAAAAGGAAAUGGAACCUCUGAAAAAGGCUCUGGGCAACUUGCGUGGCCGAGAGAGGGGCGCUGGCCUAUGCUCGUCUGAGGAAGAGCUUGAUAAUCUUAUCAAAAGCUUGCAAUUUACAAUUCAACAUGAAAGCAUUCCACUUACUGAGGAGAAACAACUCCUUAGAGAAAUUAAACAGCUUGAAGGUACGAGGGAUAAAGUUAUUGCUAAUGCUGCUACGAGGGCAAAGAUUCAGGAGUCAUUGGGUGAAAAAGAAUCCAUUCAAGACCAGGUCAAACUCAUGGGAGUUGAUCUGAAAGGAGUUAGAAAGGAACACCAGGUAGUAAAGUUCAAGCGUGAUCAACUUAAAGCACAAAAGGAGUCCAUAGAGAAACACAUUGCAUCAUUAGAGGCUGAGUUUAAAGUUGUGACACAAAAGCGGGAUGAAGCUAAACAGUAUCAUCAGGAAUUAAAGAGACAGCGAGAAGAGGGGAAUGUCUGCUAUUAUCAAAAUCGUACACUUUUGAACAUGGCCAAAGCUGUUGCCGCAAAGAGGGAUGUUGAAGCCCUUAAAAAUAUUUGUGAUACAGAGGUUGAGAAAUUUAUGUCCCAGUGGAGUAGUAGUAAGGCUUUUAGAGAUGACUAUGAGAGAAGAACUUUGCUUUCUCUUGACAUGCGACAAUUGAGCAAGGAUGGACGGAUAAGGAACCCAGAUGAGAAGCCUUUGGUGUUACAUGAGGCACCAACUCCCUCAAAAACUGAGACACUGGCAAAAACCAACGUAAGACGACCAAAAGAAGAUUCCAUUUCCCCUCCGCAAAAUGACUCUUCCCCCAUUCCAAAAGUCUCAAAAGAAGCAAGCAGCCAACUCCAGAAAAAAGCAAAAAGUAAACAAACAGGUUCAGGAACCACCAUGGAGCCUCCUGAUUUAGAAGACAAAGAAAUAAUCCCUGGAUUUGAAAAACCAAAAAAGGAUCCUCUUCCCAAGGUGAAUGAAGUUGAUGCAGCAAAGCUGAAGCAGAAGAAAAAAGAAGAGGAGCUGGUGAAAGCUAAGCAGGCCAUGGCAAGGAAGAAGAAGUUGGCAGAGAAGGCGGCUGCUAAAGCAGCUAUAAGAGCUCAGAAGGAAGCUGAAAAAAAGCUUAAGGAACAGGAAAAGAAAGCAAAGAAGAAGUCUGCAACUUCUGUACCUGCUUCUGAACCUGAGGAGCCAAUUGUUGAAGCAGAUGCAGAGGUUGCUGAACUGGAGAAGGCCGAUGAAAAUGUUGAGGCUCCAGUUCCUUCAAAGAAUAGGGAUCGAAAGGAAAAUGCUCUGAGACAUAGAAGUCGACCAAAAGGUCCGGAUUCAAUUUCAAAAAUCAUACUAAAACGCAGAAAGUCUACAAACUAUUGGAUGUGGGCUGCUCCUACUAUUUUGGUGCUGAUGCUUCUAGCGGUUGGAUACAACUAUUUUCUCUGAAGAAGCAAAGUUUUGAAUUGAGAGGAAUCCUUUGACCAACUUUGUUUUUGAUGAUCAUGCGAGUGGCUAGGUCUGUAUAAGUAAGCAUAACUUAUUCCUUUUUGUCUUUUUUUCCCCUUUUGACAUCCAAUACAGAGGUGGACUCAAAUCUGAUAAUGUUGCUAGAUCAUGCAAUUUAAAAAUUUA